AGUAUGACUGUACAGCCUUUUACGAACGAGCAGCUGAAUUAUUUUAAAUUCGCCUCCAUUGUACUCAAUGAGUUCGUCAUUGCUUUGCGUCAGACGUUCAAAUACAUGUGGGACAACAUAUUUGGACAUCGUCACGGGUAUCAACCGUGGGAUAACUCCACGGUAGUAAGAAAUUUGUUUCUCGCAGAAGAAGGUGGAAAAAGCAAAGUUCCUAUACACACCUCCUAUGAAGAAUGGGAUUGCACAGCCCUAUUCCAGGCCACCAUCUAUGCGAAGUCCUUCGCUACGCCAGAUAGCAAAGGUGAUAAAAGGAAACUUUAUGAACUGUACGUAAAGCACCAUAAAGUACCUCUUGGAAAGUUCCAUUCAUCUGUUGUGAGUCCAAGUGGAAAUAUAGCCGAAACCUUCGCUCUCGCGAUUGAUCAGCUUCGACUUUUACGAAACUCGCUUUGUCACUCAGACAAGUCAGAGAUUGAUAAACCAACCUUUGACCAAUACGUGCAGCUCGCUAAAGAAGCAUUCAAAGCUCUUGGUAUCAAGGAAGAUCCCAUUGAUGCCAUCGGUGGAUUGACAGAGUCUGACUUUCCCACGAAAGAAGUUCGCAGAUUGGAGGAGAGUCUUAGACAGGAGACCAGAUCAUAUAUCGAGUGUCUCGAAGAAGUAAGAUCAAGAGUCGAGUGUCUCGAAGAAGUGAGAUCAGGUGUCGACAAAUUAAUAGCUCAGGGGAAUGCUAUGGUAAAAGUUGAAGACCUCGCUUUGUUGGAGAGAAAAAUUGAUGAUUUGAAACUUAAGAUAGAUCAUGAUCAAACAGAUUCAAAGCCCUUCCUUCCACCAUCAAAUCUUCCUUCAAAGGUUCCACAUUUCACUGGCCGUCAGAGAGAGUGUGAAGGCAUCAGCAGUCACUUAACUUACAAAAGUUCUCGGAUCGUAUCGAUAUGGGGCUCGCCUGGUUUUGGUAAAACUUCUGUAGCAACUGAAGUCGGACAUCAACUCCAAACUGAAGGACUUCCCGUAUACUUCUUCUCCAUGCGAGGGCUUCUUUCAAAAGCCGAUCUGACUUCGCAGCUUCUAAGCUUCUUUAGAAGACACUACACAAAAGAUCAAAUUCCUCAGCAGAUGUCCAUGGAAGACGAACUUUCUCUCUUUCUAAGCGAAAUUUCAGGUGAAUUUGUGAUGAUUCUUGACAAUGCCGAUGAAUUACUCGAAAGUGGAACACCAAAUGUGAAGGAGGAUUUCAUAAAGCUUCUGGAAGUUAUUCUUAGUCAAUUCAAAAAUUUAACAUUUCUUCUUACCACAAGGGAAUCUCUUGAAUUUAUGAAUGUGCAUUUUGAAGGCCAUCAAGCAGUAAGAAUAGGGCCAUUAUACGAGUCCUUCUCUCAAACGUUAGUCGGCGGACUACUUCCAAAAGCGACUGCGUCUGACUGCUCGAAUAUAGCAACAAUCUGUGGGUUCGUACCUUUGGCCAUGAAACUGUUGUGUUCCUCUAUUGCUGAAGAUAAUGCUCAGCCGAGUCAAUUUUUAGAUAGCUUCAAGGAAUCUAUAGAAAGUAACCUUUUAGAGCUGUUGGACAAUCCAGAUUAUCCAAGCAAUCUGCGAUUGAAGCUCCUAUUUGAAUCCUCUUUUCAGAGACUCUCUUUAUCAGAGAAAGAAGCGCUGGUAUCACUUAGUGUUCUUUCUGGAGAUUUUAACCACUCGGUUGCUGCAGCUGUCAUGGGUGUAAAAACAACUUUGGAGGCCAAGAAAAUCUUGCAUACGCUUCGGAGAAAGUCUUUCCUCGACUCGGCUAGCUCCAAACCCGAGUCAUUUUCAAUGCAUAAAUUGAUCCUGUCAUUUACAAGAGAAACAGGUGAAAAUGACAUGAAAGAAACCAUGCUGAACUCCAAAGCUCGUUUGUCUGCAUUUUACGUCUCUCUUUUCGAGAAGCUAAAUCAACAGUUUUGGACAGGACAAUCCAUGCAAGCGUUUAUUGAUUUCUAUGAAGAGAAGCAGAAUAUUAUUCAGAGUCUUAUGGAGAGCUGUUCCGAUCCUAAGACAUGUGACGUUGCAUUUGGUGUCCUAACAAAGGCAGAAAUCUUUCUAGAUUCCCUUUUCUGGUGUGAGGGAAAAGUCUUUAAAAACAUUUACGAGCACGCAGCUGAAGUAGCCCAGAGGUUUGGAAAGAGCGUGUUUUACAGUCAGUUACUUGUGUCCUUGGCAUUCGGUGAAGUGACUUGGGGGAUACAUGGAAGAUCGAUGACGCUGCUCUCUAAAGCCGACAGCCUUUCUUUGUCGGUAGACGAUAAAAGAAGACUCCUGUGUUAUAGAGGCUUCUGUCAACUGGUUUCAGGGAAAAUAGACGAAGGAGCUGAGAAUUUACAAGAAGCUCUUUACCUGAUGAGUGACAGCCCCGAACAGCGAAUUCUCAGAGUGAUUACGUUGCAAAUUCUUGUUACUUACUUUCUUUUCAAGAAAAAGAAAGCAACUUCUCUGGAGCUUUACACCACAGCCUUACAUGAAUGCAGAGCAUUAGGAGACACAAGUCUCCUUGUUAUUCCUCCAGUGAAUAACAAAGAAUCGAGAAUGAUUGAGGCAGAUAUGUCGGAGACAGAUGUUACAACCACUCAACCACUUAGAUUACAAAUGAUAUGCGUUGUUAGCACAGCAACAGAAAUGUUCUCUGAUUAUGAAACAAAGCAAGCAAUGAGCAAAUCUGUGCUAAGGAUGUCAAAUCAAUCAGAAAAAUGGAUCCUUCCACAUUCCAUUGGUUCAUGGACCUUCCAGUGCAACAUCAAUUCGACACUUUGCAGUGUGUUGAAUAAUCCCAAGGAAGCAUCCGAGUUGUGCGACACAUGGAUCAAUUAUCAUAAAAUGACCUUAAAACAAAGUGGAAAAGUUGUCACAGGAGAUGAAGCUAAACCCAACGAAGAUCUUGAUUUAAAUUUGUAUCAAGAAAGACUAUUUAGAAACUAUAUGGACAAAGGCCACGCAAUUCAUAAGAUGCAAAACUAUUGUGGAGCCAUUCAGUCCUUUCAAAGUGCCCUUGAAAUCGCUAGAGGACUAUUCGGGGAAGAACACCCAGACACCGCUGAGUGUUACUUUUAUCUCGGACAAGCACAAGAUGCCUUAGACGACAUCUCGUCAGCACUUCAGUCCUUUCAGCGUGCUCUCGACAUAAGAGUUAAACUCUUUGGAGAAAAACACCCAGACACAGCUCAGAGCUACUUUUCUCUUGGAAAAACCCAAUAUGCCUUAGGCGACCUCUCGUCCGCAGUUCAUUCCUUUCAGUGUGCUCUUGAAAUUAGGAUUAAACUCUUCGGGGAAGAACACCCAAACACGACUGAGUGUUACUUUUUUCUCAAAGAAACACAACGUCUCGUCAGCAGUUCAGUUUCAUCAACGUGUUUUGACUAAAGGGUUAAACUCUUCGGAAAAGAACACCCAGACACGGCUCAGGGCUAAUAUACUCUUGUGGUAACACAAUUUUUCUAAGUUUCUUUGGAAACUUACUCCCUUUAAUGAUAAAAACCCAGCUGAAGGACUCCUUCCCUUUUAACCUAUGUACGAGAGUAAACCCCGGUUCCUCUAGGAAGAAACGUGACUUGGUUUCCCCGUUUCUUUAGAAACUUACUCCCUUUAAAGCUAAAAACCCAGCUGAAGGACUCCUUCCCUUUUAAGCUAUGUAUGAGAGUAAACCUCGGUCCCUCUGGGAAGAAAAAUGACUUGGAUUUGCAGAUAAUUGAAAGAUUUUGUGAAAACUUGAAGGAACCAUUUA